AUUCAUGUUAAUCAAUAUACAACAAUGGAAUUGUAAACAGAGUGUUUUGCUCGUACAGUGAUAGCUAUAUCAUAAACAAAUUCCGCUUUCCAGAGAUAAAUUCUGGACUCAGAAGUCAUUCGACCACUGGCAGUGAAAGCGUGAAGAUUGUAAUAUCGGUCCAAAGGAUGAGGGCCCUUCUAUUUGUAGCAGUAUUUUGCUGCAUCUCGUACGUUUCAUGCAAAACCACGCAGAAAAAACCGCUGGAAAAGAAAUACAAUCCGUUAUCAGAUGACUUCAUCAACGAAAUCAACAAUGCCCAAAGUACUUGGACAGCUGGAAGAAAUUUUCCAGAAAACUUAUCGAUGUCAUAUAUCAAGAAACUGAUGGGAGUCUUGCCAAACCAUAAGCAGUAUUUACCAAAAGUGUUGGAAUCAACUGGAGAACCAAUGGAUCUCCCCACUGACUUUGAUGCGAGAAAAAAUUGGCCUGACUGUCCUACUAUUCAGGAGAUAAGGGACCAAGGUUCUUGUGGAUCUUGUUGGGCAUUUGGAGCUGUAGAAGCAAUGUCAGAUAGAACCUGCAUUCAUUCUAAGGGCAAAGUGCAUGUUCAUCUAUCUGCGGAUGAUUUAGUUUCUUGCUGUUACACCUGUGGAUUGGGAUGCAAUGGAGGAUAUCCAGGAGCGGCUUGGCAUUAUUGGGUCCAGAAAGGAAUAGUUUCAGGAGGAGUGUUUGGAUCCAAACAGGGAUGUAGGCCAUAUGAAAUAGCACCUUGUGAACAUCAUGUGAAUGGAACUCGUCCACCAUGUAACGGUGAUGGGAAAACACCAAAAUGCCUGAAGCAAUGCCAGAAAGGUUACCCAUUAGUUUACAAUAAAGACAAACACUUCGGAAAAACAGCUUACUCCAUAUCCAGUAAUCAAGAUGAUAUUCGUAAAGAGAUAUACAAAAAUGGGCCAGUAGAAGGAGCUUUCACUGUUUAUGAAGAUUUGUUGCUAUACAAAAGUGGCGUCUACCAACACAUAAAAGGCUCAGUUUUGGGAGGACAUGCUAUCAGGAUCAUUGGUUGGGGUGUUGAAAAAGGAACUCCGUACUGGCUGAUCGCUAAUUCCUGGAAUUCUGACUGGGGUGAUAAUGGUACCUUCAAAAUACUCCGAGGAUCCGAUGAAUGUGGAAUUGAGGGUGGUAUUGUUGCAGGAUUGCCUAAUGUUUGAAUAUAAACCAUAUUCUCUUUUCUUAUUAUAUUCUAUCGAACAAAUUUCAAGCGUCAUAUUCAUGCAAUACAUAUUUUAAGUAGGCUUAGGAUUAUAGAUUAUUGAAGAAAUGUGAUCUGAAAAUUGUGAUCUUUAUUUUGAGAGGCCAAUAAAUUGAAUUGGGAUUUA